AUGGCUGCCAAAUCUACUAUCAAGGUUCCCCACCUCGGAGGCAUCGAUGCCGGCUAUCGUGUCUCGGGCUCUGGCAUCGACUCUAGCAAACCUACCCUUGUGCUCGUCAACUCCAUGUGCACCACAUCCUCUCUCUUUGAAGCACAGUUCUCUGCCCAGGAACUCACUGACAAGGUCAAUCUCCUCGCCAUCGAACCCCUCGGCCAUGGCGCUACAAGCUCAAAGUCAGAGCACUUCACCUACUGGGACUCAGCCAUCAUGAACCUCCAGGUCAUGGAGGCUCUUGGCGUCGACAAGGCUUUCGCUCUGGGAACAAGCGCUGGCGGCUGGAUCGUCGUUCGCAUGGCUCUUCUAGCCCCUGAAAAGAUCCUCGGCCUUCUCCCGCUUGGCACGUCCAUGGACUACGAGUCCGCCGAGUCUCGCGAGAAAGGCUGCUGGGACCCCAAGACGCAGCUUGGCCCCUUCUACGAGAGCUGGCACAGCACUACGCCCACGCCAGACUUCGUCGUCGAUGACGUUUGGCGCGGUCUCGUCUCGUCGGUAGGCUUCGGAAGCAACCCGUCUCCUGAAACGCUGGCGUUCUGGGACGAGACGCUCAAGCAGGUCUAUCG